UUUCAAGCCACCUUCACUGUAAUAGGUCUCGGAAUCUUCUUCUCCAAGCCUCUGUACGACCUCUUUCUGCGGCCACGCGAACCGGUAGACUUCUCCGAACCCCCCACUACUUUAAGGAGGCCAAAUUAAAUUAGACUGUAGAUUUGGUCAUGGAAGCCGUAUCUAAGGCAAGGGAACGACUAGCAAAAUACCCGCUAAUUUUUGCGAAGUGUGGCAAGCAAAGCGCUUUAUACGCCCGUUGUGUUUUACAUUUAGAAGAUCAGGUGAAAAAAGACAGUUGCGCUAAAGAGUUUCAAGAGUUCAAGGCUUGUUUGCAAUCCGCUGCCAAAGAUUUGAAAACAAGGAUCUAA